AUGACUAUGAACAAAAAGAAAUUACAUGGAGAUUUCUGCUUCACCAAUGAUGACAACAAGCUGUGGUACGGGAUUGCGCGUGAACAAGAGUUAUGCUGGAUAGACACAAACACACCGGCCUGGUCGAGAGGGAGGGACCAGAGACACAAACACACCGGCCUGGGCGAGAGGGAGGGACCAAAGACACAAACACACCGGCCUGGUCGCGAGGGAGGGACCAGAGCCACAAACACACCGGCCUGGUCGAGAGGGAGGGCCCAGAGACACAAACACACCGGCCUGGUCGAGAGUGAGGGACCAGAGACACAAACACACCGGCCUGGGCGAGAGGGAGGGACCAAAGACACAAACACACCGGCCUGGUCGAGAGUGAGGGACCAGAGACACAAACACACCGGCCUGGGCGAGAGGGAGGGACCAAAGACACAAACACACCGGACUGGUCGAGAGGGAGGGACCAAAGACACAAAAACACCGGCCUGGUCGAGAGGGAGGGACCAAAGACACAAGCACACCAGCCUGGUCGAGAGGGAGGGACCAAAGACACAAACACACCGGACUGGUCGAGAGGGAGGGACCAGAGACACAAACACACCGGCCUGGGCGAGAGGGAGGGACCAAAGACACAAACACACCGGACUGGUCGAGAGGGAGGGACCAAAGACACAAGCACACCAGCCUGGUCGAGAGGGAGGGACCAGAGACGCAAAAACACCGGCCUGGUCGAGAGGGAGGGACCAGAGACACAAACGCACCGGCCUGGUCGAGAGGGAGGGACCAGCGACACAAACACACCGGCCUGGUCGAGAGGUAGGGACCAGAGACACAAACACACCGGCCUGGGCGAGAGGGAGGGACCAAAGACACAAACACACCGGACUGGUCGAGAGGGAGGGACCAGAGACACAAAAAAACCGGCCUGGUCGAGAGGGAGGGACCAAAGACACAAACACACCGGACUGGUCGAGAGGGAGGGACCAAAGACACAAGCACACCAGCCUGGUCGAGAGGGAGGGACCAAAGACACAAACACACCGGACUGGUCGAGAGGGAGGGACCAAAGACACAAGCACACCAGCCUGGUCGAGAGGGAGGGACCAGAGACGCAAAAACACCGGCCUGGUCGAGAGGGAGGGACCAGAGACAAAAGCACACCGGCCUGGUCGAGAAGGAGGGACCAGAGACACAAACACACCGGCAUGGUCGAAAGGGAGGGACUAG